AUGAAGUUCGGCCAGCUCUUUAAGGAAACCCUGCGCAACGAGGGCUUCCCGCCUGAGUGGAUCGAGUCGGCCCUCUCGUAUAGCCAGCUCAAGAAAUGCAUCAACCGCCUGUCUACCGAGCUCUCAGAGCUGGGGCUGGAUCCCGACACCCUGGGAAAGCUGCUCAAGCACGUUGAAGACUACAAUGCGGCCGCCGACCAAUCCGACGACAGGGCCCGUCCGUUUGAGUACAUCUUGGACGACUCAGAAGACGAGGAUGGCACUGGCGAGAAGAAGCCAAGGAAGACGUUCCAGCCAAAACUCGUCUUUCACGUCGAUGAAGUGACGGGUGCGCUGCAUAGUGCGCAGCUGGACGAGAAGACGAAGAGGAAACUGCAGAUGCUUGCUGUCGAAACGGGCAUGACAGAGUUACGCGUAUUUGAAGAACCCGAUAAUCAAGAAACACCAUCCCACCCUACCGUUGCCUCGGCGAAUAGCCCAAAGAACCGCCCGGGCUACCGCAAAAUAGAAAUCCCCCUAACCUCCGACACGGAAUUCUUCACCAAACUCACUGCGGAACUGUCCGGCCUGGAAGCCCUCCAAAAGCGCGAAGAGCAACGCAUGCACGGCGAAAUUCAAAGCUUAGGUAGGCAGAUAGCGCACCUGACGGAUCCUGAUCGGAGGUCCAAUAAGAAGCUACUAAGCGUAUGGCGCCAAAUAUUCCAGCUGUAUCUUGAAGAAGGCAUCUUCUUCGGGACUACCGAGAGCGACCAUUCUGCGCACGAUGCGGCAAAAGCUCAGGAAAGGUUCAACGAUUUCUGCGAAAAGCUGAGGACAAGCGGACUGUCCGAGAGACUAAAGAAAAAGGAGAACAUCGAGGCCUUCAACACGUUUAUGAACAUCAACCAGGAGAUUCUACAAGGGCUGCGGUUCGGGGAGAUCAACGAAACCGCCAUGAAGAAGAUCCUGAAGAAAUUCGAUAAACGCACCGCCCUCGGUGUAAAGGCCACCGUCCCCAAACAAAUCACCUAUCCUUCCUUUAGUUCCCAUCUAGCCAAAGCCGUCUGCGCCGAAGUCUCCACCGAAAUCCUCUCGCACGUCCCGCAGAUAGAAGACUACGCCUGCCCCAUGUGCAUGGAGAUCAAGUGGCGCCCUGUCCGUCUCGGAUGCGGCCAUGUCUUCUGCAUCCGCUGCCUGAUUGUCAUGCAGAACAACAAGCAAGACAGAUGCCCGCUGUGCCGCGAGCAGACGGUGGCGAAUGCGAACAGCGAUAAUUUAGAUGAGGAACUGGCGCAGUAUCUGAAGAAGUGGUUUCCGGACGAGGUCAAGGAGAAGCAGAGGUAUAAUGAGCUGAUGGCGGGGGUCGAUCAGUAUGGUGAGGUCUAUAAGGAGAAAUGUUGUGUCAUGUGA